UUUUUGUUCACAUGACCAGCUGUAACGUUGUUACAGUGGGUAACUGUUAGACGGGACUCACCAGCUACCACAGACAAUUUGCUCUUUGUUUCACUGUAUCUGACAAGUCAAGGUGCAGUGACACGAUUCCAGGCUACAGUGAAACAACUGUUCCCAUCUUAAACUGCUGAAAUGGCGCAAUCACAGAUCCGCUUGAAAAUUCUCCCUAGUGUUCGCAGCUUCUUUGACAAGAUGGUGCGGGUAAAAGUAGAGGGACUCACUCCUCACAAACCAGUGGAGCUGAGGUCCAGACUGGUUGAUGACAAAGGUGUCACUUUCAAAGCCUCUGCCCUGUACAAAGCAGAUGAAAGUGGUCAGGUGGAUGUCUUCCGCACACCCUCUCUGGGUGGUAGUUACACCGGCGUGGAGCCCAUGGGUUUGUUUUGGGCCCUGGCACCAGACGCACCACACACUAAACUCAUGAAGAAGGAUGUGCUCAGCCCAACACGCGUGGCCCUGGAGGCUCUUAAUGGAGAGACUGGCGAGGUUUUAGCAUCUGAAUCUAAUGAGAGAGGAUACAUGAUUGAGGGGAUGAAGAGAAUACCUUUACAAGAGGGCAGAAUACGAGGUGUCCUCUUCAUACCACCAGGAAAUGGCCCAUUCCCAGGAAUUGUAGAUUUGUACACUUUUGGUGGAGGUCUCACUGAACCCAGAUCCAGCCUCUUGGCAAGUAAAGGCUUUGUUGUUCUGGCACUGGCUUAUUUUCGUUACCAGGAUCUCCCAAAAACCCCUAAAAACCUGGAUUUGGAAUAUUUCGAGGAGGCGGUCACAUAUCUGAGGAAGCGGCCAGAGGUGAAAGGUCCUGGGAUUGGCGUCAUAUCAAUCUCUCAUAGUGGUGCCUUGGCUUUGAGCAUGUCAUCUUUUCUCUCUGGGAUCUCAGCGACUGUCUGUAUUAAUGCCUGUAAUGCAAACACUGUGCUUCCUUUACACUACAAAGACAUUGUAUUCCCGCCACUGCCCCCUGUCAUGGAGAAUGUGAAAUUCACAGAGUCUGGGCUUGUAGAUAUACGUGACGCCUUACCAGACCCCACCAAGGGCAAGAACAGGGCGUCUUUGAUUCCAAUUGAACGAGCCACCUGCCAUUUCCUGUUUGCUGCUUCUGAAGAUGACCACAACUGGAACAGCACGUUUUUUGCCACUCAGGCUGCUGAAAUUUUGAAAAAGCAUGGCAAAAAAUCCUACGAGGUUGUUACUUAUCCAAAAGCUGGUCACUUUCUGGAUGUGCCGUACAUGCCUUAUUGUUCAUCUGGCUUUCAUCCAGCUGUAGGGAGUGUUGUGGUGUUUGGUGGGGAGCCAAAAGCCCACUCUGAGGCUCAGCUGGACCUGUGGGAAAGAGUCCAGGAGUUCUUCAAGACCCACUUGGGCAACAAGAGCACUUGAUACUGUAUUAAUCCAUCGAGCAUCUCUGAAUGGUUGUUCUUAGAAAUGGUUACCAGUGCCUGUAUUUUCUAAUUAGUAAAAUUGUGAGAACUCCAUUAACCGUCUAUUGUUCUGCAUCGGAAACACUCCAACAACCGUUUGGUUUCAGAUGAGUUUUUUUCAGUAGGACACGGGCUUGUAGCAAAAAAUCGUCUAUAGUAAAAAGAAUCUGAGAUUUUGACUUGUCAUGGGAAGGAAAUGUAAAUGGACUGCACAUAAAGAGCACUACAGAGUUUUGUUGGGGUAGGGUGUUGAAUUUAGUGUCAUCCCCACUUCUUGAUGCAGACUCAAGGUCUGAGUAGUGGUCUACGUCAUAAGCCACAGCCAUCAGCUCAAACUUGAUUGUUUUGUUGAAGUAUCUCACAAAAGUAGAAGACACUUGGACACUUUCUGCAGUUACUUGACAAAAUGUCUACCUAUAAAAGAACCUACAUAUGAUAACUUCUCCACUGACAUGAUGUUGGUACAGAACCAGUUCUGCUUUUGUGCUAUUUGUAACUUAUUUAGUGUUUAAUGUUGUAUAGCAAAAAAAAAAAAAAAAAGGGGGGGGUAAAUAUGUGGUGCUGGUGCCAGAUUUUUGGGAAUCUGAACUGGUGAAAAUGCAUGGAGCAGUUUGUAACUUCAGCUUGAGUGGAAAACUAAGAAAACGGUAGCAUGUUAUGGAAUCACCUACUGAAAACCAAUAGUUAAGCUUCUUUAAUCUUGUUUUAUCUUUCUGGCACUUAUCUAGCAGUAUUUGAUAUUUAAAUUGUAUAGGGACUGGAAUAAUUCUGUAUUUUAAGAAAGCUGAAAAAAGUGAUCUUUGUAAAAAAUAUUUGAUGUUUCCCCAAAAAAUGAAAGAAAUUUGUUGUCAUGUACAAUAUAACCUAUAAUAAAGCAAAAGCAAAU